GAGGAGCAGUCAGCGGAGACUACCAGUCCGAGUGGAUUGCUCAACGGCGACGAAGCGCGCCAGAGUCAUCCCCCUCUGGAGAGCCGCCUUCACCUCUCCUCGCGCGCACUUUCCAGUCUUCCGAGUCCGCUGCACGUGCAGGAGUAGAUGAGCUUAUUUCGGACCGUUUGGACUAUGUGAGCAGCAGGCAGCGCGAAGCCGAGCUGCUGGCUGUGGCAGUGGCACAGCGCGAGCACGCUUUCAGUAAAGUCGCGAGGAGAGUUUCGGACACUGCUUUGUGGGGUUCUAGAGUCUGUUUUGAGAUCGGCAGACUCUGACAACAGAUUGGUGGAUUUUUCUAAAGCUUACUGGUCAAUAAAGGUUGAUUUUCUUCUUAUGAAAGCUGGGGGACAUCUGGAGACCAAAGACUGAGUUUCUGUCAAAGCUGAAUCAUUUAGGUGCGAGGCGGGGGCGUUGCUGGACCCUCCUCUGUCUUUUUUUUUUUUUUGCGGCGUCUGUGGCCGGCGUUCAGCGGGACAGCAUGCGGAUGGUGGAGGAUGGUGCCUGAGUUGGAGUCGGUCCUUGCUGAUCUGCGUCGGACCUCUCCGUCCAGAGGAAUGACGGCUCUGUGGUGCUCACUCUGGCUUUCCCUCCUGCUGCCUCUCUGCGUCUCACCGGCCAGACUGCCCACCGCUCAGCCCACAGACUCUGUGUCAAGCGAAAGCGCAUUCCUGGGAGACUUUGUUUUGGCCGUGGGGGACACCCUGGAGAGGACCUGCAACCCGGAGGAUCCCUCGGAGCCCGUCGUCUGGUCCAAAGACGGCGCCGGGCUCGUGUCGGGCAACCGGACGCGAGUGGGCCAGCGCGUGUUGCGCAUCAUCAACGUGUCGUACGAGGACUCCGGAGUGUACACCUGCCGGCUCGCCCGUACCAACGCGCUGCUCAGAAACUACACGGUCAGGGUGACAGAUUCUCUGUCAUCUGGUGAUGAUGAAGAUUAUGACGAAGAUCCAGAAGAUGAUGCAGCAGAAGAGCCUAGCGGGGUUCAACAACUGAAGGACCGGAGCGUGGGCACCGAGGAUCACGACAAGUUCCGAGCUCCGUAUUGGACCAGGCCUGAACGGAUGGACAAGAAGCUCCUGGCCGUCCCCGCUGCCAACACCGUCAAGUUCCGCUGCGCCGCGGACGGAAAGCCCAUGCCGACCAUCAGCUGGCUCAAGAACGGCAAAGAGUUCAAGGGCGAGCAGAGAAUGGGCGGCAUCAAGCUGAGACAUCAGCAGUGGAGCUUGGUUAUGGAAAGUGCCGUGCCAUCGGACCGGGGUAACUACACCUGCGUGGUGAGGAACAAGUACGGCACUAUUAGUCACACCUACCAGCUGGAUGUUUUAGAGCGUUCCCCUCACCGGCCAAUUCUCCAGGCGGGCUUACCAGCCAAUCAGACGGUAGUGGUGGGCAGCAACGUGGAGUUUCACUGUAAGGUUUACAGCGACGCCCAGCCGCACAUCCAGUGGCUCAAACACAUCGAGGUGAACGGCAGCCGCUACGGGCCUGAUGGCGCUCCCUACGUCAACGUUCUGAAGAGUAAUGUCAGUAAACACACGGUGGCUCACAGCAUGCUGAAACUGUCCAACGUGACAGAGAAAGAUGCCGGGAAGUACUGGUGUCGUGCCUCGAACUUUGUAGGCAAGUCGGAGAAAGCUUUCUUUCUCAUGGUACACAAACCAGCAGUUAACUCGGGCAAAGACGACUACUACGCCGACAUCCUCAUCUACCUGACGGGCUGCGUGCUCUUCGUCUUCGCCGUGGUCAUUGUCUUCCUCUGCCGCAUGCGGAUGACCACGCAGAAGACUCUCCCCACGCCUCCUGUGCAGAAACUGUCAAAGUUCCCCCUCAAGAGACAGGUAACAGUUUCCUUGGAUUCUAACUCCUCCAUGAACUCAAACACCCCCCUGGUCCGGAUCGCUCGGCUGUCGUCCAGCGACGGGCCCAUGUUGGCCAACGUCUCGGAGCUGGAGCUGCCCUCCGACCCCAAGUGGGAGUUUCCUCGGACGAGGUUAACCCUGGGCAAACCUCUGGGGGAGGGUUGCUUCGGUCAGGUGGUGAUGGCGGAGGCAGUCGGCAUUGACAAGGAGAAGCCCAACAAACCUCUCACCGUGGCUGUGAAAAUGCUAAAAGAUGAUGCAACAGAUAAAGAUUUGUCAGACUUGGUGUCAGAGAUGGAGAUGAUGAAGAUGAUAGGCAAACACAAAAACAUCAUCAACCUGCUGGGAGCGUGCACUCAGGAUGGUCCUCUGUAUGUCUUGGUGGAAUAUGCUUCAAAAGGGAACCUGAGGGAGUACCUGAGGGCCCGGCGUCCUCCAGGCAUGGAUUACUCCUUUGACACCUGCAAAAUCCCCGACGAGCAGCUAACAUUUAAAGACCUGCUGUCCUGCGCCUACCAGGUGGCCCGAGGCAUGGAGUAUCUGGCCUCGCAGAAGUGUAUCCACAGAGAUCUGGCAGCCAGAAACGUUCUAGUGACCGAAGACAACGUCAUGAAGAUUGCUGACUUCGGCCUCGCCAGAGACGUGCACAACAUAGACUACUACAAAAAGACCACAAAUGGCCGUCUGCCCGUGAAAUGGAUGGCUCCGGAGGCCCUGUUCGACCGGGUCUACACGCACCAGAGCGAUGUGUGGUCUUACGGGGUUUUGCUAUGGGAGAUAUUCACCCUGGGAGGUUCACCGUACCCAGGAAUCCCGGUGGAGGAACUCUUCAAACUGUUGAAAGAAGGUCAUCGGAUGGACAAACCUGCCAACUGCACGCACGAAUUGUACAUGAUCAUGAGGGAGUGCUGGCAUGCGGUCCCGUCUCAGAGGCCGACGUUCAGACAGCUGGUUGAAGAUCUGGACCGGAUUUUAUCGAUGACCUCCACAGACGAGUACCUGGACCUGUCGGUGCCUUUCGAGCAGUACUCUCCGACCUGUCAGGACUCCAACAGCACCUGCUCCUCCGGAGACGACUCCGUGUUCGCCCACGACCCGCUGCCUGACGAGCCCUGUCUUCCCAAACAGCUUCCCAGCAACGGGGCGAUAAGGACAUAAGCCCUGAACUCGGGGAGGUCACGUCCGGACCUCCUCUCACGGUUUGUGACGAACCGUCGCCUCUCAGUGACUCAAGAUUCCUCAAGAUAUGGAAAUAAAGACUUCAUGCAAUACUUCUGCAGCUCAUCAGCCCGUCUUAAACUCUUGGUUUGGCAUUCUCUCUGGGUUUGUCUUCUCCAGUUCCCCAAGAGACGUUUUUGACGUUGAAGGAUUUUAUUUUUUUUUUCUUCCUUUUUUCUUUUCGCCGUUGAACCAUAUUUGUGCUCUUUUCAGGAAUGAAAUUAUAUUUUUUUACUCUGGCCAGUCUUUUGCUACAAACGGUUGUGUGGUGAAACCAUUCCGUGCCUCCUGGGAUUUAAAGCUCCAGGGACCCGAAUUCAGAAACCUUAGAGGCGGACAUGAAGGGCAUUUUAAAAGCGACCAGUUAACGGUGAUGGACGACAUGGGAUUUUUAUCCUCUGAUCUGCACGCCGCCCCUAGAUCACAACCAAAUGCUCCGUUUUAAAAAGUUAUCCGGCAAGGCGUUGCUCGCAAAAACCGGACUCGAGGUCGGAGAAGGAACUCCCGCUGAGUACGAUUUUACAGGAGGCCUGCAGCCACAGAGUGGAUUUCAUCAGCGUUCGCUUUUCCACGUUUUUGCAUCCUAAGAACAGUUUUGUAAGAGUCUGCGAACAUGUGGGGAGUUUCAGGGCCUUUCAGUAAAAAAGAGCGGUGGUGUUUGGAGGACUUUUGUUUCUAUAUCUAGAAAGUGGUUUAUUGUAAAUAUAUAAAAUGCAAAUAUGUAUCAUAAUGCUGUACACAGCCAUGUACGUAAAAGACAAAAAAAAAAACAUGUUAAAAUUUUUAUUUGAGGACGGACGACACUGUCUGAGCGUUAAAAGCAUCGAAUCAUUUUGGGUCCUGCGGAAAAGUUUUAUUUGAAUAAUUAACAUGUAUAUUUGUAAAGGUAUUUAUAGACUUAACAUGUUGUUCUUAAGUUUGAAAAGGUCUAGUUUAGGGUUUUAGUACUGUACACAAAGAUUUUUAUUUCAAGUUUUUUGUAACUUAUUCUACAACAGAAAUUAGACGUUUUUGUCACAAACUGGCAGUCUUUUUUUUGUCUUUUUUUUUCUUUGCUGGUUUGUUUUGAUCCACCUUUUUUUUCUUUUUUUUUUUUGGUUUGUUUACAGUUUGAAAGAGAAAAAUCCGAAUGUAUGACAGAGGGUGAUAUUUAUAAGGGCAACGGCCGGAGAAGAACUUUGUGAAGGCUGAGGUUUCCGUUGAGUUGGUCUCAAAUGUUGCCGUUUGCGUAAUGAAAGGAAUGAUUAACUCUUGCUGGGCAAGAAAUAGCAGCGUGUCACGGAGACCUUUCAUUUCUACAGACGUGGCAAAAACAACGCGCACCUUCUGUCAGUCCGAAAGGUUUGACUUACAAAACCAGAUGAUAAAAGUACUUCAGUCUAAGCUUACAAAAAAGACACACCGCAGAUCACAUCAUGUUUAUUGAACAAAGAUGGAGUCAAAAUGGAGGAUUUGUGAAAAGUAUAACAUCCCAAAAGUCCAACAUACGUACAAACUGUGUUAAACUUUUGCAUUUAAAGCAGGCGUGCGUUCUACUUUAACUGCGUUUACGCUUUAAGCAUCAACAGUGAGCUGUGAAACAUAAGAAGCCUUCAGAGAACCUUUUCAAUGACAACCAAAUUAGAGAUGCACCGAUCAGAAUGUCUUUGGUCAACUUCCAAUCCUGUUUAUGUUUUUAUUUUUAUUUUUUUAUUGCUCUGACUGCGCCAACACCGAUUUUAGCCAAAUUCCACUUUAGAGCGACAACAGAAGUAAAUAUCUAAAAGCAGCAGGUGAAAGUAUUUGUGUCUAGCCUCCAUGCUGUGUGUUGCAUUUUAUGAAGGGGAACAAGCGAAUUCACACCGUGUGUGUGGUUUCACAUUGAAACUGUUUUUAAAACAAGAUACAUUUGGUCUAAGAGUGAACGUUUUAAAGUCUAAUGUGGGGUUUUAGUGAUUUUAUUAUGAGUCUAAACGUAGAACUGGGUCAGCUCAGAUUAAUAGGCAUUAAAAAAGAAAAAAAAAAGAGGACUGAGAUUGGAACCAGGACCUCUCAGGUACCAAUAAAUCUUUAGCAGGAGCGCUACACGUCGGCACACUUUCUAGUGUGCAAAUGACUUUUUAUGUGCACUAGUGAUUAUUUAACUCUCCCUUCUGACAUAUUUAUUUUCUACAGAUACAAAUUAAACUCUGUCCUUAAUCUGCCUUCGAGACGGUCUGAGAAAGCUGUCAUUCCUCUGCAACGAGCCGCUGAGUCUUUAUGAGUCUGUGUUAGUUGUGUUAGGAAAUCAAACCUAAAUUUGACUUUUGUGGGAACAAACCGAACAUUGUCUCGGAUGAUAUCAAGAAACCAUCCUGUUGUCAGUGCACAGUUUCAGUGGUUAAUUAUUAAUCUUUUUCAUUAAAUAUCACAUUGCUCACUAUUCUUAAUAAAAAAACAAAGAUGUUAUAUUUUUGCAUGUUAAUAUUAUUACCGCAAUUUUACAACAGAAAAACAGACAAAAUGCAUCAGAUACUGAAUCUACUGAACUGGUUUCUGAGUGUCUGUUUAACAUUUUGUAUUUUGGAAUGAAACCCAAAUAUCCUACAUAAAUGUCUCAGCUCAGAUGCCAUUAGAUCAACUAGUUUGUCUUGGUCUAAACAAAGACACAACACUUGCCUAUAAAUCAGUGUCUGUGUACGUACUUUUAUUGAUUUAUGUCUAAGCGAGUUCAGGUCCAACACUCAGCGCACGGUUUCCUUUUAAAUAGCUUUUUAAACGUUUCUUGCUUCCUCUGAUUUCUUGUUAAACUCCUCAAUAAUGUUGGAAGUAGCCUACUUUGAGUAGUACUCCAUCAGUAAAUCAUUUCCGACCUGCUGGUCAGUCACAAACUUUGAAAAUCCAACCCAACGAUCGGAUUUCUGAUUUCCAUCAAAAGAGGAUUGUUGAAAAUCUGCCUGACCGCUCACCGAGGCUCAGCCGAUUCCAGUCACCAUAAGAUCGGUGCAUCUCUUUAAAAAUAUAUAUAUAUUAAACAAAGAGUAAUUUUAUUCACCUUUUGGAGCUGUGCCAUUUGCUAAACAGCACACAAACCCUUCCGCACCUUUUUGUGUCGCCUCAGUCCACACUGCUCCUCCUAUACCUCUGAGGUUCCCUGUAGUUUAUUCAAAUAUUCAGAUAAAAUGACUAGAAUGGGCUGUACACUUCGGUUUCCUGCACGUUUAGUAGCAGCAGUCAGAAAAUAGAAAUGUAACUCAUAAGUCUUUUUCAGGGCUAGGACAUUGUUUUGAGGUUUCUAUUCAGUGCAGUCCACCUAUAAGCCCAAUUAGGAUACUGUCAGAGCCCUUAAGUGUUUGACACAAAGCAUCCGAGUUAGAGAGGUCUUCAAAAAAGUUAGCAUUAAAGAGGUGCGUCGCAGGGUUUUCAUCACAGAACUCUCAGAGAUCAAAGAGGUGAUAAUGCUAAGCGCUCGUUUCGAUACUCAUUGGUGAAAGAUUUAGCUUCAGGGGUAAAUGUAAAACUGCCCAGCUGUUUUCUGCUGGUGAAACAAAAGAGGAACUAUGAAAAUACCCAUUUUAUUUCCUCUCUAUAGUGUUAUUACUGUAUGAAAUGAAGGUGUGCUGUGUGACUCAGACCACACAGCCAAGAAAUUAAAUAUAUAUGUAUAUCUAUAUGAGAGAAUUGGAAGUCUGUGGUAUGUCCUUCGACCGUGUGGAGAAAAGUGCCAAGUUAGUCUUAAAAGCCUGAAUCCAUCCAAUCUCUGAACCAAAUGCUGCGCUGGUCAACGUAGGCGGCCAGAAGACACGCGUGCACGGAGUGGGGAGAGAAUAACAAUAUGAUCUUAGUAUGAGUAUUGAGUUUUUUUUUUUUUUUUUUCUUUUUCCAACUGACCCCUCGAUAGAAAAGCAUUCAGUCUGAAAUGUUGGCCGAAUCUGUUUUUAGCAAAGUCUCAGAAGGGAAAGGACUUUUUACGGCAUUGGAGGGUUCCCAGAUUCACUCGCUGCUAAAUGGGAACCGAGGGAACAAGUUGCUGUGCAAUGAGAAAUGAGCAUGAAUUCACCAACAAGUUUGUGCCAGUAUCCUAUUUAGACAAUUUUAUAUUUGAAGGACUUAAAGUGAUAAAAACCUGGACUAUAACUUUGCCACAGUGAAAGCUUGUUUUGUCAUUGGCACCGAAUUCUGUCCAUAGUUAAUGAGAUCAAUCAGAAAGCUUUUAUUGGAGACGUCAUUUGUGCCUCAAUUACAUAAAUCAGUAGGGGGGGGGGGCUUGAUUUUUUUAUUUUAUCACAUUGUGAAUUUAUAAAUACAUUUAAAAAAGUGUUUAAAAAGUGUAGACCUUAAAUGAUGGAUUCUAGGUCUAAUUGGCCUGCUUUGUUCACUAAUGUUAUUAAUAUUAUUAAGUGAGCCAAACGGACAAAAAAGCACUUCUGUAAAGAACGGAUGGAUAUAAUGAAACAGAUGUUUGUUUUGUUCUUAUUUAUUCUUCCAUGUUGGGUAAAAGCUUUCCCUAUGGUGAGAGUAUUUUAUUCAGAGCUGUUUGCUUUUCUGUGUUUUUAUUAAGAGCCAGAGGAAGAGAAUUGUGAUGUUGAGUCGGAAUUCUGUUAGACACUCAAAAAGCUUUCCUUCUGGUUUAGUUUCUGUUCUGUCCUCCUCCUCUUCGUCAGGUCUCUUUUGAAAUGGAUUUUAUUUUUGUUCUGGCAGCAAAUGUUCAGACUUUCCUCACUCAUAUUUCUUUUUGUCUUUUUUUUAAUCAUUAUUUUAUGUUUUAAAUGGGAAAGCAUUGACCUAGCUUACUAACAUUAGAAAUGACUCCAAAUGCGUAGUUUUAUUUAUGCAGCAGGGUUGGAAAUAAAUGCAUUUCAUUAGACAUCGACCGUACUUUUUGUGACUUACAUUGUUCUCUCUCCAUUAAAAUCAAAUGAAAAUAA